CCGAGCACUGGCUGCAUCGGAGAGUGGCCCUCCUUCGGCGGUGGCGCUCCUCUCCACACAGACGCGCUGCUCCUAGCGUCGGCACCCUGGAAGCACAGCCGUCACCUUCCAACCUCUGCGACUCUCUCCUCCGCUCAGUCGCAGUUGUUAUUCUUCUUCUCGCAGGACGACGCAGGGACGGAGGGGAGGAGGGCACGCACCGCCGACGCGGCCCGCUCCACAGCCUCUGUGGACUUUACGCACACUGUGUUGUUGGACCGGAGCGAUUGCUUCUUAUUCGCGACCCCCCCCACCCCCCAACCCCCCAACCCGCGAGAGAGUCUAUGCUCCAGAGAAGACGCGCGCUGCUGCUGCCGCCGCCGCCGCCGCCGCGCGUCCCGGUGAUGAGGUUGGUGGCGCACGGCCGACAGAGCGCCAACGGGAAGAAACCGCCCCAGUGAAGGGACAAGAUCGUCGUGGUGGUGGUGGGGGGGAGGAGGAGGAGGCGGUGAGACUGGUGCCGGCCGGGACGCUAUCAUUUCGACUGGGAUGCAUCUGCUCAGUGCCAUGUUCCUGCUCGUGAUGUUGGCCGUCGUGCCCGGUGAGGCUCUGUACCCAAGCCCAGAGGAGGGCUGGCAGAUCUACAGCUCGGCACAGGACGCAGAUGGGAAGUGUAUCUGCACCGUGGUCGCGCCGGCCCAGAACAUGUGUAACCGCGACCCACGCAGCAGACAGCUCCGCCAGCUCAUGGAGAAGGUUCAGAACAUAAGCCAGUCAAUGGAGGUGCUGGACCUGCGGACGUACAGAGAUCUACAGUAUGUGAGGAACACCGAGAAUCUAAUGAAAUUGGUGGACGGAAAGUUGAAGGUGGCGUCGGAAAAUCCCCGCAGUCUCAAUCCAAAGGGUUUUCAGGAGUUAAAAGACAAGGUCACCCAGCUCCUGCCCCUGCUGCCAGUGCUGGAGCAGUACAAGGCCGACGCCAAGAUGAUCCUGCGUCUCAGGGAGGAGGUGAGGAACCUGUCCCUGGUGCUGAUGGCCAUCCAAGAAGAGAUGGGGGCCUACGACUACGAGGAGCUGCGCCAGAGAGUCCUACUGCUGGAGACCAGGCUCCACUCCUGCAUGCAAAAACUAGGCUGCGGGAAGCUCACUGGGGUCAGUAAUCCCAUCACGGUACGUGCCUCAGGGUCAAGGUUUGGCUCUUGGAUGACGGACACCAUGAUCCCCAGCUCAGACAACAGAGUGUGGUCCAUGGAUGGUUACUUCAAGGGACGCCGUGUCCUGGAAUACCGCACUAUGAAUGAUUUCAUGAAGGGCCAGAACUUUUUGCAGCAAUUGCUGCCCCACCCCUGGGCAGGCACUGGCCACGUGGUUUACAACGGCUCGCUGUACUACAACAAGUACCAGAGCAACAUCAUCAUCAAGUACCACUUCCGUUCUCGAAGUGUGCUGGUGCAGCGCAGCCUGAGCGGGGCCGGCUACAACAACACCUUCCCCUACUCCUGGGGUGGCUCCUCUGACAUCGACCUGAUGGCGGAUGAAAAUGGCCUGUGGGCCGUUUACACCACCAUCCCGAACGCCGGGAACAUUGUCAUCAGCCGCCUGGAGCCCCAGAGUCUGGAAGUGCAGCAGACGUGGGACACGGGUUUCCCCAAGCGCAGCGCCGGAGAGUCUUUCAUGAUCUGCGGCACACUUUACGUCACCAACUCCCACCUGGCUGGCGCCAAGAUCUACUUUGCCUACUACACCAACACGUCGACCUACGAGUACACAGACAUCCCCUUCCACAAUCAAUACUCCCACAUCUCCAUGAUGGACUACAACCCCCGGGAGAGGGUCCUGUACACCUGGAACAACGGACACCAGGUGCUCUACAAUGUCACACUGUUCCAGGUUAUUAAGACUUCUGGCGACUGAGAGCCCUCAGACUGACCCACUCAAUUAAAGCUGUGAUCAUUGUUUGGGGAGGGGACACGGGUGCUGGGUGGAGGUGGGUACAAUGGGGGGGAGAGGGGGGGGGGGGACUUCAGUGUAUGGGCAUAGAAUUUGAUUUUAUAAAAGAAAUUCAAUCUUCAUAGAGUGCUAUUAUUCACAUUCUCAUACAACACUCCCGACAGCAAGGUCCGUAACCAUACAAAGACUGAGCGCUUCUCUCUUUUUUUUCUCCAUUUCCUUUCUGUGGUGAGUAAGCAUGGUUCUUUUUAUUCGUGCUGAGAAAUAAAUAUCAAUCUUUACCAUUUAUGACUUUGUAUUCGGUUGUCACUUUCAUUUCAAAUAGACCUUGACUGUGUUUUGAUGGUACAAUUAUGAACAAAGAGGAGAGACUGCAGCCAUUUGAAAAUAUGGCUUCAGACUUAUAUAAGUGUGACAUGAAGGUGUAACAUUUCUUUUUGAUUCAUGUUUCAUUUAUUUGGUCUUGAAUGUAGAGGACACAAAUAUGUAUUUCUUGUUGUGAACUGAAACCUAAUUGAGGUAUGUGCAAAUACAGGAAUUUGCUCGGAA